AUGGAAAAUCUAGAUAAUACGCUUGAUGUCAAGUUGGUAGACCAGGACGAGCUCGAGUCGUCCAUCACAAGGAAGGCCAACCGGGCGCUUUUAUCGAAAGAGUCCGAGCUCGACGAAAAGAGACUCACCAAGGCCAAUUCCGAACUUCAAAAGGUGGAGAGAAAGGUCAAAGCGUUGCGGGCCCGAUUGAAUGACCCCAGGACAAAGAUUUCUCAAAGAAAACUGCUUAGAGACGAAAUUGCAUGGUUUGAGGCAAACGAAUUGGCGCCUCUAAAGAAAGACGUGGAUGAUAUUACUGAAAGACUUCGAGGGAACAAGGAACAACUACAGCAAGAUUCAGAUGGAAAAACCACAAGUGAGAGGAUGCCUGGAGAGUCAGAAAGAGACUAUCUUGUGAGAACAGGAAAGAUCACGGCGUUCGGAAACACAAAUGCGUUUGCAUCUUCCAAUGAGUCCCAAUCUCAUGUUAAUCUUCGAGCUCCAGGAUUUGCACCUGAAAACACUUCUCAAAUCGGCGAGGUGAAACCAGAGCUGAGAGACUCGUUGAUUGCAGCGGAUAAAACGGUGCCUGCUGAUGAAGAAAUUACGGUAAAGACAGAGGAAGAGCUUCCAGAGAUUGUAGAGGUUGAUGACUACGAAGACGAAGAAGAGGACAUUCAACCUAAGAAAAGGCGCAAGAAGACAUCCGACGAUGAGUACGAAGAGGAGCCUGUAAGUAACGAAGAGGCAGACGGCGAAGAUGUAGUCGAUGAAGAAAUUGAUCUUGAGAGUGGCCCGGCAACUCCCAUCCCGGAGACUCUGACAAUGAGAAAUGUCGACGAUGGGGAUGAGCUUGUUUACCAACAAAGACUCCAGAAUUGGAUUCGACAAAGAUCUCUGCUUCGAGGAAAAUCCCAAAAUGAAUCUGAAAAUGGUAAGGAAGAGUGGAACUUACCUCAUCCAACCAUUCCGGACGCUGUCCUUGAUGCAAACUACAGAUUGCCCGGAGACGUUUACCCAUCACUCUUUGAGUAUCAGAAAACGUGUGUUCAAUGGCUUUGGGAACUUUAUUCCCAGAAAACUGGAGGAAUCAUCGGUGAUGAAAUGGGUCUUGGUAAAACUAUCCAGGUAAUUUCAUUUUUGGCUGGUCUUCACUACUCAGGUCUAUUGGAUAAGCCUGUUUUGCUAGUGGUUCCUGCUACCGUUAUGAAUCAAUGGGUCAACGAGUUUCACAGAUGGUGGCCUCCUCUCCGUUGCGUCAUUCUACAUAGUAUCGGGUCUGGAAUGUCGAAAACAUCAAUCAAGUCUGAGAUGGAAUUGGAGGCACAUCUUGAAGCCGAAGAAGGCGAGGGGGAUUCUGACAUGAGCCUUCGUGCUGCUAAUAAUCAAGCCAACGCCAAAGAAAUUGUUGAUAGAGUGUUGGCAAAAGGCCAUGUACUUGUUACCACGUAUGUUGGCCUCCGCAUCUAUUCCAAGUACAUUUUGCCUCACGAGUGGGGCUACGCAGUGUUGGACGAAGGACACAAGAUAAGAAACCCAAAUUCAGAGAUCUCGUUGGCUUGCAAGCGGAUCAAGACAUACAACAGGAUUAUCUUAUCUGGAACUCCUAUCCAGAACAAUUUAAUUGAGCUCUGGUCAUUAUUCGAUUUUGUUUUCCCUGGAAGAUUGGGUACGCUUCCAGUGUUUGAGCAACAGUUUGCAAUUCCAAUUAAUAUGGGAGGUUACGCCAACGCAUCCAAUGUCCAGGUUCAAACAGGCUACAAGUGCGCUGUUAUUCUCCGAGAUUUAAUUUCCCCAUAUUUGCUCAGAAGAUUGAAGGUGGAUGUUGCCCAAGAUUUGCCAAAGAAGAAUGAAAUGGUUCUCUUCGUCAAGUUAACCCAGUACCAGCAAGACCUCUAUGAGAAGUUUCUUGGUAGUGAAGAUGUGAACGCAAUUCUUGGAGGAAAGCGGAAUGUUUUGAUGGGAGUAGACAUGCUCCGGAAAAUUUGCAAUCACCCGGAUCUAAUUGAUAGAGAGGUUCUUCUGCGAAGGAAGGGUUAUAGUUACGGAAAUCCAUCGAAAUCAGGAAAAAUGCAAGUGGUGAAGAACUUGUUGCAGCUUUGGCAGUUUCAGGGACAUCGAACGUUACUAUUUUGCCAGACCAAGCAAAUGCUUGAUAUCUUGGAGAAGUUUCUCGCAAACUUGAAAAGAGUGGAUGGUCAGGGAAAUGAUACUGGUGAGGAAUUUCAUUAUCUUCGUAUGGAUGGUCUGACAGCGAUUGCAAAGCGUCAGCAGUUGGUGGAUACCUUCAAUAAUAAUGAGUACUACCAUGUAUUCCUUCUCACAACCAAAGUUGGAGGAUUAGGUGUCAACUUGACGGGAGCAGAUCGAGUGAUCAUAUACGAUCCAGACUGGAAUCCGUCGACGGAUAUCCAAGCACGAGAGAGAGCUUGGCGUUUGGGCCAGAAAAAAGACAUUACUAUUUACAGACUCAUGACUGCUGGAACAAUCGAGGAGAAAAUAUACCAUCGGCAAAUUUUCAAGACUUUCUUGACCAACAAGAUUCUAAAGGAUCCGAAGCAGAGACGGUUUUUCAAGCUCAAUGACCUCCAUGAUUUGUUUACACUUGGAGAUCAAGAUGAGAAAGGCACAGAAACUGGAGAUAUGUUUAGCGGAACAGAGAAAACCUUCCGAGGUGAGAAAGACCGCAAAUCAACCACCCUCUCCAAAGCACACAAGAAUGACGACGACCUCUACCAGGUUGCAAGCAUCAUGGGAGUAUCGAAGUUGGACAAGUUUGCUGGAGAUGCGGAAGAAGAGGAUAGUAAAGAAGACGAGGGAAGGCUUAUGGAUGGGCUCUUCGCUAAUGCUGGUGUGGUGCAUAGCAUGCUACAGCAUGACCAGAUAAUGGAUCUGUCACAACAGGAGUUGUCAUUGGUAGAGAAAGAAGCCACUCGGAUGGCUCGUGAUGCAGCUGAGGCGCUUAAAAAAUCUCGAAUGUUGGCUCGUAAAACUGCUGUUGGAACCCCAACUUGGACCGGAAAGUUUGGUGCAGCAGGACGCUUUGGACCCAAGCAGAAGUUCAAACCUUCUACGACAAUAUCUAGGUCUCAGCUGCCGGUCCUACAAUCAAAAUCAUCAACUCCAUCAACGCCCACAUUAACAUCUACAUCAAUCUUGAGUGAGCUUCGUCAGCGUAAGGCUGGAGAUCACACUUCGCGUUUCAGUUUCGGCAAUAAGAAAGGAAACUCACAGAAAGCUACAGAAAACGAUAAACUGGAGCUUUUGGCUAAAAUUAUCGAGUUUCUUUCGAAGCUGCCUAAUGGGUUUAGCAAGUCCAACGAGAUUUUGCAACUGCUUCCAAAAUCGGUCAAUCUCAAAAAUGAAAAAGAGCUUGUUAUAGUGAGGUCACUUCUCCGUGAGGCUGCUGAAUGGGAUUCGGUAGAAAAAGGUUGGAAACUCAAAGAGAAAUUCCACACUGGCUAA